CUGGGGGGUUCGGCAAUAAUAUUUGCCUUGAGGUGCUGACAAAUGUCUUCAACUGCCAAGGUGCUCCGAAUCAAGCGGAAAUAUUCAAGUGCUCUCUCUUCAUCAGCCUCGCGUAUUGUCUGGAUAAGUCCAAGGAGCAUUUCGUUAUCCUGUUCUAGAGAAUCAAUCUUGCGCUUUAGUGCGAUUUUGCGACGCCCAUCACUCUCUUCGUCAAUCACGCAAUGUUGCCCGCUGCGACGGCAGAAAGAGCAUGGACUAGCUCCAUCACACUAUAUAGCAAUUAGAAGAGCCCCACAGGAUAAGUAAGAAGUCCUACCCUUUGUUUUCGUUUCCGGCAUUCUAGACAAGCACUGGAUGCCUUCUGCUGCAGCCGAGGGUGGAAACUGAUAUCUGUUCGAAAAAUGCUAGCUCCUGGUUUGGGGGCAAUCGCCCUUGGUGGUUGCUGGCUGCCCAUCUUUUUAUUGCCUCCCCGGAAUUCAAGUGAAGAAUAAAUACAAUCCCCUAUCGUUCAAACAUAGGCUGCUAUUCUUCAAAAGUUCAAAAGGAGGAGAUGAAGUGGGAUCAGUAGCUGGUGGGUCGCGUCACACUGAUAAAAAACAAAAAACACACGGAUUCAAGUUCCACCAGUCGCUAUUGGUUGUCCGCCACAAUAUGGUAGUUACGGUAGCAUAAUUCAGUGUGCCGUCGGGCUAAAUUAAUCCGACGGUUUCAACUCAUCCAUGUUGUCGCGUCACCUUGGCGUCACCUGGGCGUCACCUGUUGAUAAAGUGUUGAACUUCGGGGCGUACGUAAUAUUUGGUCCACCGCCAGAGGAAUGUGAAGCGAUACAGCGAAAAGACGAAUAUGACCGAGCGGGCGUUGACUAACGGCGUUGAAGCGAUUACUAGCGGUCACUAAAGUUCGACAUAAAGCCUUCCGCUUUUAACAUUUGGAUUCUUGAUAACGACAUAAUUUGAAAGAUCACUUGCUCUCUCUAAAGUAAAGGCUGCGUGGGACGAAUUAGAAUGGGCUUCGACAGAGAUAAUGAAUCACAUGCUGAGCUCCUCUCAGAGCAUGAGAGGCAUAUCCUUAGCGCCUAUGGAAAAGUCCCCAGAAGACACAAACUUGCGCAACAGAAACGUGUCUAUUUUGACCCUGGAGACAUUGCUCUUUCUGCGGUAAAAAAGGUAACUGAUGAAGGUGCUAUACAAACUGGCACCAGUCAUCCUGUUCGCGAAAGCAUUUCGCAUCCCUACGCGCCAGCACCUACCACUAGUAACAUCUCAGGUGAUGAAAGCAAGAGAUUGGACGUCAACCAAAACCAUAACCGAAAGAUAGCGGAUUCUCCUCUCUUCCAGGUCACCGAAAAUAGGGAUGGCAAAGGCAGUGAGAUGUGA